CGCAAAGUUUGAGGCGAGAAACUGCGUUUGAUUCACACGCCGUGGACGCGCAGCACUGAGGAGAGAUGUUCGGCGCACCGUGGGAUUUGUUGCUCGUUGUUUUCGGGUGCUUGAAACUCCCGUGGGUCGCGGAUUGUUUCGUCGUUCACGUGAGUGAAGAUGCGGGACCGGGCGCCGCGAUCGUCGCGCUGGAGAGCGGCGCGUCCUGCGCGCUCGAGCAGCUCAUCCAGCCCGGAUUUACGGAGAGCUUCCUGCGCCCGAGUGCGGGCGCGCUCGCGCUCUCGGGCUCCGUGAAAUGCGACGCGCUUCCCUCGAACCCGUUCGCUGUGUACGCGGUGGAGGAGUGCGCGGACGACGCGUCGGGUUUCAGACACCUUUUGGCCAGCCAGUAUGAUGUGCACGUCCACGGCAGGAACUGUGUAAACCAACGCAAGAGGACUGGAAAAGUGGACGUGGAAAUUAUCAGUUUGAUCAAAGGUUCGGCGUGUAGGGACGCGGGCUCGGCUGUUUUCCGGGUGUCUGAUGUGUUACCCAGUUACCCGCGGCACGAGACUCUGUGUAACGUGAGCGAGACCUCAGCGCUUCACUUCAGCGAUGGCCAGCUGUUCACCUCAACGCCGCUCUGUUUCACCCGCGACUCUCUGCUGGAGUUUCACCUGCGCUGCGUGGGACGCGAGAGAGGGGUGCAGACGCGCGUCGUGCAUGCGCAUUGGCGCGUGGGUCGCGGCCCGUUUACUCGAAGUCACCUGAUGAAGUUAUUGCGCUGGGCCGCGCGCUCAGACUCGGGUCUGUUGAACCGGCGCAGGAGGAACGUCAACAAUAGCCCUCAGUUUCAGCCUCCCAUGUAUCAGGUGUCUGUCCCAGAGAAUCAACCCGCCGGGACUUUUGUUGUUGUUUUAAAAGCAGUUGAUCAGGAUGAGGGCGAGGCCGGGCGACUGGACUAUUUUCUGGAAGCUCUUUUUGACAGUCGCUCCAGCAGUCUCUUCACCGUUGACCCGGUCAGCGGUGUGGUUUCUACCGCCGAUAUACUGGACAGAGAAACAAAAGACACGCAUGUGUUCAGGGUGACGGCGGUGGAUCACGGGACGCCGCGCCGCACCGCCAUGGCCACGCUUACAGUAUCGGUGAGGGAUACGAACGACCAUGACCCCAUGUUCGAACAGCAGGAUUAUAAAGAGAGCGUGAGAGAGAACCUGGAGAUCGGUUACGAGGUUCUGACAGUACGUGCCACAGACGGAGACGCUCCCGUGAACGGAAACGUUCUGUAUCAUUUACUGAACAACACCAGGACCAGCGGCGUGUUUGAGAUCGACUCCCGUUCUGGCAUCAUACGCACAAGAGGGCCCGUGGACCGCGAGACCACCGAAUCCUACGUGCUGCUGGUGGAAGCGAACGACCAAGGUCGCGAUCCCGCGCCCCGCAGCGCCACGGCGACGGUGCACAUCGUGGUGGAGGACGAUAACGACAACGCGCCGCAGUUCAGCGAGAAACGCUACGUGGUCCGGGUUCCAGAAGACCAGACGCCCAACACUGAGAUCCUGCAGGUGACGGCCACCGAUCUGGACCGCGGGAACAACGGUGUCGUCCAUUUCAGCAUCAUGAGCGGUAACACCCGGGGUCAGUUUUACAUUGACGCUCAGACCGGUAAACUGGAUCUGGUGAGUCAGCUGGACUAUGAGAUAAAUAAAGAGUACACGCUUCGAAUCCGAGCGCAAGACGGAGGACGUCCACCUCUGUCCAACAUCAGUGGCCUGGUCACGGUUCAGGUGCUGGACGUCAACGACAACGCCCCUAUAUUUGUCAGUACACCGUUCCAGGCGACAGUUCUGGAGAACGUUCCUGUGGGAUAUUCAGUCAUUCACGUUCAGGCGGUGGACGCCGAUGCUGGCGACAAUUCCCGUCUGGAGUACCGCCUCACAGAGACCACGCCCAACCUCCCCUUCACCAUCAACAACAGCACAGGCUGGAUCAUCGUAUCGUCAGAACUGGACCGAGAGAGUGUGGACUUUUAUAACUUCGGCGUGGAAGCUCGAGAUCACGGCACGCCCUCCAUGUCCUCGUCCGCUAGCAUUAGCAUGACUAUUUUAGACGUCAAUGACAACAACCCCGAGUUCACGCAGAAGUCCUAUUACAUGCGUCUGAACGAGGACGCAGCCGUAGGAACGAGCGUGGUCACCGUGUCCGCCGUGGAUCGGGAUAUUAACAGCGUGGUGACGUAUCAGAUCUCCAGCGGAAACACGCGCAACCGUUUCUCCAUCACCAGUCAGAGCGGCGGUGGACUGAUCACGCUUGCCCUCCCGCUGGACUACAAGCUAGAAAGACAGUACGUCCUGACGGUCACGGCGUCUGAUGGCACACGCUUGGACACGGCCAAAGUGUGCGUGAACGUCACGGACGCCAACACGCAUAGACCCGUGUUCCAGAGUUCCCAUUACACGGUGAACAUCAAUGAAGACCGAGCCGUGGGCACUACUGUGGUUAUCAUCAGCGCCACGGACGAGGACACGGGGGAGAACGCUCGCAUCACGUACUUCAUGGACGACAACAUCCCGCAGUUUAACAUCGACCCGGACAGCGGCGCCGUCACCACACAGAUGGAUUUGGACUAUGAGGAUCAGGUGUCGUACACGCUGGCCAUCACGGCCCGAGACAACGGCAUCCCACAGAAAUCAGACACCACGUAUCUGGAGAUCCUGGUGAACGACGUCAACGACAACUCGCCUGUGUUUCUACGCGACCGCUAUGCGGGCUCCAUCAUGGAGGACAUCCCUGUGUUCACCAGCGUCCUGCAGGUGUCCGCAACCGACCGCGAUUCCGGACUCAACGCCCGAGUGUUCUACACGUUCCAGGGAGGAGAAGACGGCGACGGAGACUUCAUCAUCGAGUCCACGUCCGGGAUCGUGCGAUGCCUGCGGCGCCUGGACCGUGAGAACACACCGGUCUAUAAUCUCCAAGCGUUUGCGGUUGACAAAGGAGUUCCUGCACUCAAGACUCCGGUGGACAUUCAGGUGACGGUUCUGGACGUCAACGACAACCCGCCGGUGUUUGAGAAGGAUGAGUUUGACAUCUUGGUGGAGGAGAACAGUCCCAUCGGUCUGGUGGUGGCCUUCAUCUCUGCAUCAGACCCGGACGAGGGCAGCAACGCUCAGAUCAUGUAUCAGAUCGUGGAAGGAAACAUCCCUGAGGUCUUCCAGCUGGACAUCUUCUCCGGAGAGCUCACGGCUCUCACUGACCUGGACUACGAGACGUGGUCGGAGUACAUCAUCGUGGUUCAGGCCACGUCCGCUCCUCUUGUGAGCAGAGCCACCGUCCACGUGAAACUCCUGGACAAGAAUGACAACGUCCCCGUCCUGAAGAACUUUCAGAUUGUGUUCAACAACUACGUGACGGAUAAAACCAACAGCUUCCCAUCGGGGGUCAUCGGACGGAUCCCGGCCAGCGAUCCGGAUGUGUCUGAUCAGCUUCACUACAGUUUUGAAGCCGGGAACGAGCUGAAUCUGGUGAUGGUGAAUCAGAGCAGCGGGGAGAUUCGACUUAGUCAAGCUCUGGAUAAUAACAGACCGCUGGAGGCGUCCAUGAAGAUCUCGGUGUCAGAUGGUGUUCACUCGGUGUCAGCUCAGUGUCUGCUGCAGGUCACCAUCAUCACGGAUGAAAUGCUCUCUAACAGCAUCACGCUGCGAUUGGCCAACACGUCUCAGGAGCAGUUCCUCUCGCUUCUAUUGGCUCAGUUCCUGGAGGGCGUGGCCCGGGUGCUCUCGGCGUCCCGCGAGGACGUGGUGGUCUUCAACAUCCAGGACGACACAGACGUGAACGCAGGAAUUUUGAACGUCAGUCUGUCGGUGGCGGUGCCGGGCGAGGGUCCGCGGGGGGCUCGAGGGGUGAGUCCGGCGCGGUUGGGGCGCAGCGGCGGGAGCGAGGUGGAGUUUUUGGGUUCAGAGGAGUUACAGGAGCGCUUGUAUCUGAACCGCAGUCUUCUGGCUCAGAUCUCCUCACAGGAAGUGCUGCCGUUUGAUGACAACAUCUGCCUGCGUGAGCCCUGCGAGAACUACAUGAAGUGCGUGUCCGUGCUGAAGUUUGACAGCCUGGCGCCGUUCGUGGCGUCUGACACUAUCCUGUUCCGCCCCAUACAUCCCAUCGGCGGGCUGAGGUGUCGCUGUCCGCUCGGCUUCACAGGUGAUUACUGCGACACUGAGAUCGACCUGUGUUACUCCAAACCCUGCGGACCACACGGCAUCUGCCGCAGUCACGAGGGAGGUUUCACCUGCCACUGUCUCCAUGACUACACAGGUGAGAGGUGUGAGAUCUCGUCUCGUUCGGGUCGAUGUGCUGAUGGUGUGUGUAAGAACGGGGGGACGUGUCUGAAUCUUCUGGUGGGGGGGUUCAAGUGUGAGUGUCCGCCGGGAGGAUUCGAGAAACCCUUCUGCUCCCUGAGCUCCAGAAACUUCCCACCCAACUCCUUCAUCACCUUCAGAGGACUGAGACAAAGAUUUCACUUCACCAUCACACUCUCAUUUGUGACAGGAGAGCCGAACGGUCUUCUGCUGUAUAACGGCAGAUUUAAUGAGAAACACGACUUCAUCGCUUUGGAGAUCAUCAACCAUCAGAUCCAGCUCACAUUCUCUGCAGGUGAAACCAAGACAACAGUCUCACCGUUCGUUCCAGGAGGAGUCAGUGACGGCCGAUGGCACACAGCACAUGUGGACUAUUAUAACAAGCCUGUCCUGAACCGCGCCGGUGUCCCGCAGGGUCCGUCCGAUCAGAAGGUUGUCGUGGUUACAGUGGAUCACUGUGACACGGCCGUCGCGCUGAGAUUCGGUCAUGCGAUCGGAAAUUACUCGUGUUCGGCACAGGGCAGCCAAUCAGGAUCCAAGAGGUCUCUGGAUCUCACAGGGCCGCUGCUGCUGGGCGGCGUUCCCAAACUUCCCGAAGAGUUCCCGGUUCAGAACCGUCAGUUCGUCGGCUGCAUGAAGGAGCUGCGCAUCGACGACAGACACGUGGACAUGGCAGGUUUCAUCGCUAACAACGGCACACUGCCGGGCUGUACGCUCAGACGUCACGUGUGCGGUAAUAACCCGUGUGUGAACGGAGGCUCGUGUGUUGAUCUGUGGGGGUCCUUCACGUGUCGGUGCCCGCUGGGCUUCGGAGGACACAACUGUGAGAAAGUGAUGCCAAACCCCAUGCGUUUCCAUGGUAACAGUCUGUUGUCGUGGAGUAAUCUUGCUGUCGUGGUAACGGUACCCUGGCAUCUGGAGUUCAUGUUCCGCACACGACAGAUGACAUCAUCAAUCCUGCACAUCAGCUCUGAACAACACAACCUCACCAUACAGUUGCGCGGGGGUCGUUUGUUGAUGUCCGUCCAGCGCGGUGAAGACUCGAGCGUGUCUCGUGUUGAUGAUGUCACGGUGAAUGACGGUCAGUGGCAUCAGGUUCAGCUGGACCUCAGAGGAGCGGCGGAGGGUUCGGUCACAGCUGCUCUGACGCUGGAUCACGGCCUGUAUACGGCCUCAAUGCAGAUGAACUCAAAGAUUCAGGGGGAAAAAAUAAAGACGAUGAGUGUGGGUGGAUUCACAGGAUGUGUGCAGGGUGUGCGUUUGGUUGAGUCGUCCUCCAUUGCUGUAUAUCCCAGCAUGCAUCAGGCUCAUGUUGUGAAUGUUGAGUCAGGCUGCAGUCUUCCGAACCCCUGCGACUCCAACCCGUGUCCAUCACACAGCAACUGCAGAGAUCACUGGGACUCAUAUACAUGCACCUGUCACACUGGUUACUAUGGCAACAACUGUACAGAUGUCUGCGCUCUUAACCCUUGUGAGCACCAAUCAGCUUGCAGCAGGAAGUCAAGCUCCACCCGUGGAUACGUGUGUAACUGCCCAAGAAACUACUUUGGGCAAUACUGCGAGAAAAAGACUGACGUGCCGUGUCCUCGCGGGUGGUGGGGGGAGAAGUCAUGCGGUCCGUGUAACUGUGACACGUCUAAAGGCUUCGACUCUGACUGUAACAAGACGAGCGGAGCGUGUCGCUGCAAGGACAAUCACUUUCGUCCGGUGGGCAGUGACACGUGUGUGUUGUGUGAUUGUUAUUCCGUGGGCUCGUUCUCUCGAGCGUGUGAUGGUGUCAGCGGGUCGUGUCCGUGUAAGGCGGGGGUCAUAGGUCGCCAGUGUGAUCGCUGUGAUAAUCCGUUCGCUGAGGUGUCACCCAACGGCUGUGAAGUGAUAUAUGACAGUUGUCCUCAGUCUAUUGAAGCGGGGAUCUGGUGGCCCAGGACUAAAUUUGGUUUGCCGGCGGCUGUCUCGUGUCCUAAAGGAUCAGUGGGUACAGCUGUGCGUCACUGUGAUGAACACAAGGGCUGGAUGACACCAAACCUCUUCAACUGCACAUCUGUCAGCUUCAGUAAACUCAAAACACUGGCAGAGCGUGUGAGCGGUAACGCGUCCCUGAUGAACUCGAGUCUGGUCCAGCAGACGGCCGCUGGUCUCUUCAGCUCCACACAGAACAUCAGACAGCAGUUUUACGGCAGUGAUGUGAAGAUUGUGUAUCAGCUGACACGCUCCAUCCUGCAGCACGAGAGCGCACAACACGGCUUUAACCUCACCGCUACACAAGACGUCCUCUUCAACGAGCACGUGAUGCAUGUGGGCAGUGCGGUGUUAUCAGCAGACACACGCAGUCACUGGCAGCUCAUUCAACAGACGGACGGAGGGACGGCGACACUGCUGAAACACUUCCAAGAGUACACAAACACACUCGCUCAGAACAUGAGGAAGACCUACCUCAACCCCUUCACCAUCAUCACACCUAACAUCGUCAUCUCUAUCGACCGUCUGGAGAAGAUGAAUUUCGCCGGCGCCAAACUUCCUCGUUACGAGUCUCUGCGCGGGCCACGCCCACUGGACCUGGAGACAGCUGUCACUCUUCCUGACUCUGUCUUCAGCCCCGCCUCCGAGGGCAAAGGUCAUCGGCACCACACUGAGCCAAUCACAGAGUCCGUCAGAAACCAGACAGCUGGUCGUAAGAGACGUCACCCGACUGAGAGUGAGUCAGACGCCAUCGCCAGUGUGAUCAUAUUCAACAGUCUAGGUUCACUGCUGCCCGAGAGAUACGACACAGACAAGAGGAGCCUCAGGGUUCCCAAGCGUCCGGUCAUCAACACACCUGUGGUCAGUAUAACGCUUCAUGAUAAUGAGGAGUUACUGCAGCACACGCUGGACAAACCAAUCACAGUUCAGUUCCGUCUGAUGACAUCAGAGGAGCGCUCCAAACCCAUCUGUGUCUUCUGGAACCACUCCAUAGUGGGUCAGCAGGGUCAGGGCGGCUGGUCUUCUAAAGGUUGUGAGGUCGUGUUCAGGAACAUCACACACAUCAGCUGUCAGUGUUAUCACAUGACCAGCUUUGCUGUACUCAUGGACAUCUCACGCAGAGAGAACGGAGAGAUUCUGCCGGUGAAGUUGAUCACAUGGAGUUCUGUGGGAGUGAUGUUGGGUUUUCUCUUCCUCACCAUCAUCAUCCUCACGUGUGUGCGCACACUCAACAAUAACAAGAUCAACAUCAUCACCAACGGCUCCAGUGCGCUCUUCAUCUCCAACCUCAUCUUCAUUCUUGGCAUCAAUCAGGCCGACAACACGUUUGUGUGUACACUGAUAGCCAUCCUGCUGCACUUCUUCUGGCUGUGUGUGUUCUCCUGGAUGUUUCUGGAGGGUCUUCACGUCUAUCGGAUGAUCAAUGAACUCCGAGACAUCAACUACGGCCCCAUGAGAUUCUAUUAUCUGAUUGGCUGGGGCGUGCCGGCGUUCAUCACAGGUCUGGCUGUAGGUUUAGAUCCGGAGGGGUACGGGAAUCCUGAUUUCUGUUGGCUCUCUCUCUAUGACACUCUCAUCUGGAGUUUGGCGGGACCCGUCGCUCUCGUCAUCUCUAUGAAUGUGUUCCUGUACAUCACUGCGUCCAGAGCGUCGUGUUCUGUCAGACAGAAGAGUUCAUGUGAGAAGAAAGAGACGUCCAUGGCGGGGCUGAGGACGGUGUGUGCCGUGUUGUCUCUGAUGACGGUCACGUGUGUUCUGGCGCUGCUGUCGGUCAACAGUGAUGUCAUUCUCUUUCAUUAUCUCUUCGCUGGAUUCAGCUGCUUUCAGGGUCCCUUCAUCUUCUUCUUUCGUGUGGUGUUUGAUAAAGAAGCUCGAGACUCCAUGAGUUACUGCUGCCGUAGAAAACAUCCGGAUCACAUCAUCAAAUCUAAACCUGCUGCGUUCAUAUGUAACAGUAACUAUCUGGACGGACGUUUGUAUCAUCUGCCGUUUGCUGAAUCAAGCGUCUCGCUGAACGGGACUCAAAAUCAAAACUACACACCCUUCAGUCUGAGAGGAGAUGAUCUGAACAGCAGUCACAUGAGUCUGAAUGAAGACAACAUUCUCUACCAAGAAAACAAAGAGCAGAACCACGAUGAUGGUUCAGACUCAGAUUCAGACAGUGAUCUCUCUCAGUGUGAAGACGAUCAGAGCGGCUCGUUCGCCUCCACACACUCAUCCGACAGUGAAGAAGACGAUGCCGACAUCCCGCAGGAGGAAUGCUGGGAAAAUCUGGUCGCCAACGGCAACAAGAAGUCUCUGGAUGCUGGAGGGGGUGAGACAGCUGACGGGCGUCUGACGGUGGAGACGGUGUCUAAACCCGCAGACAGAGCAGAGGCUCAUGGGACAGAAAACCUGCUGAUGCUGCCAAACAUCAGCACACAGACGUACAGAGGGAUCCUGAAGAAGAAACAGCUGUCGCCCAUCGCAGAGAGAAACGCCAUCAACCGCAUUCACAACCAGCUGUCCGUCAGCCCAGCAGACUCCGCCUCCUCGCAUGCCCCCUCCUCCAGCGAGGGUCGUAGGGGCGGAGCUAAAGAGGACGGUCUGAAUGAGGCAUCUGUGAGUGUAAAAACACUGGACAAUGAUUCAUCAGAAUCUGAGUGA